GAUUUUUCUGAGCCUGUAAGGUUGUUCUCAGGUGCUGCUGAGUGUAUGAACUUGAAGCAAGAGGGCUGUCUGGUUAUACCAGUGAGGAAUCCAAAUACAAUGAGAAGCUUUUAUGGAUUAAUCAAUUCAUUUGCUGCUGCCUCCCACUCCUACCCCCCCUUGCUUUGUCGCAUUCCUCUCACACAGGAGAGAAGGGACAGCGUGAUUGACUAGAGGGAGUCACGUGGUCGCUGGUGGAAUACAGGACAGGAGGAAGUCUCUGUUACCAGCAUGGAGGGAGAUCACUGAGCUGUAAACAGUGUGAUAUGCACUUUGAAAUCUGAGACACGGUAAAUAUUUGUUGGAAGCAUAAUAAAAUAGAGAAGCACAACUUUUGGACAUUUGUUCAGAAGUGAAGAGUGUAAAAAUGAACAAUACAUUAAAACACUGGAAAGAAGCAGCAACUCUGAUUUUGGCAGCUAGAACUUCUCAUGGAAACUUACCUUAUAUUCAGCAACAAGCCCGUGUCCAAAAUCAUCAAAACAACACGUUUGAUUAUGAAGUUCUUUUGCUAAAGCGCAGCCAAAAAAGUGGUUUUAUGCCAAAUGCAUUUGUGUUUCCUGGUGGCAAUGUUGAACCCUCAGACUUUUCCAGUGACUGGAUUAAAGUUUUCAGCAGGUAUGAGCAAAAGCCAAACUUUGGUCUGGGUCUAGUGAAACAGCAUGAUAAUCGAUCUCCUAUGUUUACUACAGACAGAUCAAAAUUUGGCUCCCUUAUUCCAGGGGAAGUUGCAACAAGGAUCUGUGCCAUUAGAGAAACAUUUGAAGAAUCUGGCAUCUUGUUAGUUGUGCCUGAGAAUUUUAAUAGUGAAGACAACCAAAAUCUGAUAGACAUAACUGAUCAUGAUAAAGAAGAGAUUUCAAAAUGGAGACAGGAAGUUCAAAGAAAUCCUUCCCAGUUUAUCCAGAUGUGCAGAAUGAUGCGCUGCAUGCCCAAUAUCUGGGCCCUGAAAGAAUGGAGCAACUGGCUUACCCCAGUGUUUUCCCAAGGCUUAAAGAGCAGACGUUUUGAUACAGCCUUUUUCAUUUGCUGUUUAAAUGCAAAGCCUGCUGUCAGCGAUGACAAAAAAGAAGUCACUUCAUUCAAAUGGUGGACCCCCGUGGAAGCUCUUGAAGACUACAAGUGUCAUAAAAUCUGGAUUCCCCCACCUCAGUUCUAUGAAAUAAGCCGACUCUGUCACUUUGCUCCAAUAAAUGAACUGCAUAAGUUCAUCAUUAGCCGUUCUUUGGAGGGCUGUGAACAAUGGAUGCCAGUUAUAGCACAAUGUGAAGAUGGCAUUGUACAUACAUUGCCAGGAGAUGAUUUAUACCCUGAAGAACCAGACUUGACUGGGGAGAAGCAAACUGUUGUCUGUUCAAAUGAAACAAUUCAAAAUCUUGUUCAAAAGGGUGGAUGUUUUCACCGAGUAGUAGUAAUUGAUGGCACUCCAACACUUCUUGUUAAUAUUAAGCCAAAAUAUAAGCAUAUCAAUCCUCUCACAACUGAAUUGCAGUCAAAAAAUAAAUUGUAAAAAAUCUUGAUGAUCAGUAAUAAAAAUAUAAUUUUUUUUGGAUCUGCAGUGUGAUAAAUGAGUGUGUCUAAUGGUAGAUAAAGUAAUUGCCAAAAAAAAUCCCCAAAAUGAUUGGAUAAUUCUUCAGUCUGCUUUUCUCAGCACUUUUACAUUUUUUGUUGCUUUGUUUUCAUGAGUUUUGCAGUUUUGUAUUGCUAAUAUCGUUCUUUUAACGAUACAAACUUAUGUGUACAUACAUGCAAGCCAUUGAAGUGCAUUCUGAGUCAUAUUGUAAUCAUAACACAGAAUAUGUAGGCAAGCCUGAUUGCUCAGGAAUAAGAACUAGAUAGAAUGGAAAAGAAGGCAGAGAGAGAAGAAAAAGGAGGGACUGAAGGAGGCCGUCCAUCACUGUUCUCAGCACACUCACCCCCCAGCUUCGCCACAAGAUUUGCUCAGGGAUAAUCUGGCAGUUACUGGGAAGGCUUUUUAAUUUUUACAUUUGAUUAUAUAUGCACCUGAGUUCCACCCUAGUUGCGGCCCUAGGCACAGGCUCUUGGAUGACUAUAUAUAGAUAUAUGUUUAUACUUACUGCAGUUUAAGGGGACAAUAUCCUAAUCAGUAUAUAUUGUAGAGCUUGAAGCUCUCGCAUUCCAGGUUUUAAUUCUAGCGAUCUUCAGAGUUUUAAUGCUUUUAAGGCAGUUUAUUUGGUUCCUGAAAAAAUUGACCAUUGCAUGUUUUAAUGUGUUUGUAAUGCUGGGGCUCAUGGAAAUGAUGUAUAAGUGCUGCAGAGAUGGUGGUUGUUAUAUAAAUAAAAUUAUAUUGAUCCUCCCACUGAUAUAAAUAAUCACAAAUGUGUUUUUUUAACAUUUGUAAAAUAAAGUAUAUGUAAACUUUA